CGCAGAAUGGAGGACGGCAACCUUAAGGGAGGCUCCUGCCCCCCGCAGGCUGGGAUCCCGUUGGGUAGGAGUCCGGUCACAUGUUGCUGUUUGACAAGGCUCCUGGGUCAGCCUCCUGUCUGACGUCCUCCCUGCCGCUGCCUCCCUCCCCGCCCCUCCGCGCGCUAGCGGAUCAGCGGCAGCCGCUGGAAAGCCGCCUGGCAGGAGCUGGCGGACCGAGCCGCGCGGAGCCCACACCAUGGUGCUUUCGGUGCCUGUGAUCGCGCUGGGCGCCACGCUGGGCACGGCCACCAGCAUCCUUGCGCUGUGCGGGGUCACCUGCCUGUGCCGGCACAUGCACCCUAAGAAGGGGCUGCUGCCGCGGGACCGCGAGCCGGAUCCAGAGAAGGCGAGAACGGGGGUGCUGCAGCCGGCCCAACAGUUCAACGUGAAGAAAUCCACGGAGCCUGUUCAGCCCCGCGCCCUCCUCAAGUUCCCAGAUGUCUACGGCCCCAGGCCUGCCGUGACGGCUCCGGAGGUCAUCAACUACGCCGACUACACACUGGGGACCACGGAGGAGCCUGCUGCACCCGCUAGCCCUCAGCCCCUGAGUGACAGUCGCCUGAAGAGGCGGGUCACGGAGGAGCUGUUCAUCCUUCCCCAGAAUGGUGUGGUGGAGGAUGUCUGCGUCAUGGAGACCUGGAAUCCAGAAAAGGCUGCCAGCUGGAACCAGGCCCCCAGACUCCACUAUUGCCUGGACUAUGACCGGCAGAAGGCUGAACUCUUUGUGACUCGCCUGGAAGCUCUGACCAGUGACCACAACGGAGGCUGUGACUGCUACGUGCAGGGCAGCGUGGCCAUCAGCACAGGGUCCGUGGAAGCUCAGACGGCUCUGAAGAGGCGGCAGCUGCACACGGCCUGGGAGGAGGGCCUGGUGUUGCCCCUGGCGGAGGAGGAGCUGCCCACUGCUACCCUGACACUCACCCUCAGGACCUGUGACCGAUUCUCCCGCCAUAGUGUGGCCGGGGAGCUCCACCUGGCCCUGGAUGGGGUGUCUGUGCCCCUGGGGGCCGCCCAGUGGGGCGAGCUGAAGACUUCAGUGAAGGAGCCGUCUGCAGGAACUGGCGAGGUCCUCCUGUCCAUCAGCUACCUCCCAGCUGCCAACCGCCUCCUGGUGGUGCUGAUCAAAGCCAAGAACCUCCACUCCAACCAGUCCAAGGAGCUCCUGGGCAAGGAUGUCUCGGUCAAGGUGACCUUGAAGCACCAGGCUCAGAAGCUGAAGAAGAAGCAGACGAAACGGGCCAAGCACAAGAUCAACCCUGUAUGGAACGAGAUGAUCAUGUUCGAGCUGCCUGACGACCUGCUGCGGGCCUCCAGCGUCGAGCUGGAGGUGCUGAGCCAGGAUGAGGUGGGGCAGAGCUGCGCCCUGGGCCACUGCAGCCUGGGCCUGCACACUUCCGGCUCGGAGCGCAGCCACUGGGAGGAGAUGCUCAAAAACCCACGCCGACAGAUUGCCAUGUGGCACCAGCUGCGCCAGUAGCCGGCCCCCUUUAGGGGUCACAGCACCCUCCUCCAGCCCCAGCUGUCCCGUGUAACCUCCUCUGUGCCCAUCCUCAUUCUGACCCCCGGAAGGCAGAGACAGGCCGGUACCCCGUGCCUCCUCUCUCACCUCACUCCCGUCCCUAAAAGAGAAGUGUGGGACCCGGACAUCGGGUCACAGCAACGAGCGCACCUUGCUCCUCUGUGUGGUGGAAAGAAGCAUCUAUCAGACAAUCCUGCGCAGGACUUGCAGGUGCAGGAGGCCAGAGGCAGAGGGAGCUUAAUUCAGGGAAUUGCAGAUGCAAAGAAGUUGGCUUCCUAGAAAUAAGUAUUUCAACAAGGAUGACGGAAGUGAAAUGAUCCUGGAUCGACUCAGAGAAUUGGAGAUGGUCUGGGUGGGAUGAAACCAAGCCCCCGCCAAGCAGCUGUCGGACGUGAGUGUGUAGAGACUCACAGUCCUGGGCCGCCGAUGAGUUCCGGCUCAGAUAUCCGGGCCAAUCCUGGACCUCCAACCUUACAAGCAGUGAGAGAUUCCAAGGUAGAGUUGGGAGGACGUGGAGAGGUCCCAUCUAUAACAUUCCAUGUGGGUUUUCAGCCUCCGUCCUCCAUGGGGCCCCAGCACCUGGAGGCAGUGCGCCCCAACCCUGGGCACCUCAACCCUCCCUGUGAUCUUGAAGCCUUUGUUUUUAAUUUAAUUCUUAAUGUUGAAAUGUGUGCUUUUUCCGAGUCCUGCUCUUGGACUGCAUUUUGUGAUUUUUAUUGAAGGACUUUUCUUGUUUUACUUGAAAUCAGCUUAUAUUGUGCUUGGGGAGACCUUCUCCCACAAAGUAUACGUGGAUCCCCUGUCAUCGGGCUGGAUUCUGAGCAUUAGUUGUCACGUCUACCAGCAUUACCAGAGUGACUCUGUGCUUCAGAUUCAUCCCUUCUCUGAAUCCAGCCACUUCUGGAGGAAGUUAAUUAUGAACUUGAUCUACUCCAUCUGGCUGCAGGAGCAUAGAGCGGAAAGGCAACUAUGCGAGGAAGUGAAGUCUUUUGCAGACAGGCCUCCCUCCCUGGGCUUUGGGGUCCUUAUCACUUUAACCAGUAAAUAACCAGCCGUUAGAGUUUUACUUUCUGUCUUGUUAUUCCCAAAUGAAUGUCCCGAUUGUGAAGAAAUCUACCCGGAGGGGGCCAUAUUACUCACCAGGAAUCGGGUUGCCGGAUUCUGCUGCCCUCCACAAGCUUGGUGUGGCCGUCCAAGAAGCAGGGCUGACAUCCUGGGAUCUUAUCUGUGUGGGUGACAUGGCAGGUGCACAAGUGUGCAAAAGCUGAAGGUGUUCCUCAGCGAAAAACAGGCCCUGAGACCACUCGCAGGUCACCUUUAGGCGAGGUUACAGUCUUUCACUUUGGGUUGGCAGCUGAGAAGGCCUAGAAACUGGCAGCUCUAUUCAAAUAUUUCCAGAGCCAUGGAUUCUGCUUUUGAAUGUCCUGUUUUGUUUUGUUGGUACC